AUGAGUUUGAGCACAAUCAUAUGUAUUGGUAUGGCCGGUUCCGGUAAGACAACCUUCAUGCAAAGGUUGAACUCCCACUUGCGAGCAGAGAAAACGCCACCAUACGUGAUCAAUCUCGAUCCUGCAGUGUUGAGAGUCCCAUAUGGUGCCAACAUCGAUAUCAGAGACUCGAUCAAGUACAAGAAAGUGAUGGAGAAUUACCAGCUGGGUCCGAACGGUGCCAUUGUCACCAGUCUAAAUUUGUUCAGCACCAAGAUUGACCAAGUGAUUAAGUUGGUGGAACAGAAGAAGGAUAAGUUCCAAAACUGCAUCAUCGACACUCCAGGCCAGAUUGAAUGCUUUGUUUGGAGUGCGUCUGGUGCCAUUAUCACCGAAUCUUUUGCCUCCAGCUUUCCCACGGUGAUUGCGUAUAUCGUGGAUACGCCUAGAAACUCAUCCCCAACCACAUUCAUGAGUAACAUGCUGUACGCUUGUUCCAUUCUGUAUAAGACCAAGCUACCGAUGAUUGUCGUUUUCAACAAGACCGAUGUGUGCAAGGCAGAUUUUGCUAAGGAAUGGAUGACAGAUUUUGAGAGUUUCCAAGCAGCCAUUAAGGAUGAUCAAGAUUUGAAUGGUGACAAUGGGCUGGGCUCCGGCUACAUGAGCUCAUUGGUGAAUUCGAUGUCACUGAUGCUGGAAGAAUUUUAUUCCCAACUAGACGUCGUGGGCGUCUCCAGUUUCACCGGCGACGGAUUCGACGAAUUCAUGCAAUGCGUGGAUAAGAAAGUUAACGAAUAUGACCAAUACUAUAAGCAAGAACGUGAAAAAGCGAUGAACCUAAAAAAGGAAAAGGAAGAGAUGAGAAAGCAAAAAUCAUUGAAUGGGCUGAUGAAGGACCUGGGGCUAAACGAGAAGAAUAGCGCUGCUGCAAACCGAGCUGCCAGCGACAACGACAGCAUAGAUGCCAUUAGCGACCUCGAAGAGGAUGCCAAUGAUGGCCUUGUGGAUAGGGACGAGGACGAAGGCGUUGAGAGAGAAUAUACGUUCCCAGGCGAAGAAAGAACAAAAGGCGAGGUCAACGAGAACUCUGCUCCAGACCUACAAAGGAGAUAUCAGGAAGCUAUGCAGCAAGUAGGGAAAACGGCCAGUAGCGAGACUGCGGAAAAUAUCGCUAAGUAUAUUAGAAACUAA